GAUGGCGGCUACGUGUGCAACAUCACGGAGCUGCGUGAGUUAGAAGCAAAACAAUAAUAAGGCCAACAGCGAGAGAGACAGAGAGAGAGAGAAGCAGCUGGAGCUGCAGGGCAGUGCUGAACCCGCAAAGGCUACUGAGCGAGUGCUCGGGGGGGAAACAUCACCAUGUCCCAGAAUGAAGGACCGAAUCCACAGGAUGAACAUUUGCAGGCAGGUUCCUGGGUAGAACUGCACUUCAAUAACAAUGGAAAUUUCGCAACGACGCAUCUGCGGGGCCAGGAACAAGGGCCGGCUUCUAUAUCUAUUCACAAUGGCGACAUGGAAAAAAUUCUCCUGGACGCUCAACACGAGUCCGGCCGCAGCAGCUCCAGGGAAAGUUCACACUGUGACAGCCCACCUCGCUCUCAGACCCCGAGUAUCCAGAGAUGCAGUGAAAGCGAUACAACGGGGAGCAAGGAAAAGAGCAGCUCACAGUCAGAAGAAGAUUACAUCGAGCGGAGGAAAGAACUGGAAUGUUUGCUGAAGAGAAAUUCCGACUGGAUAUGGGACUGGUCUAGCAGGCCUGAAAACAUCCCACCAAAAGAGUUCCUUUUCAAGCACCCAAAGCGCAGCUCCGCCCUCAGCAUGAGGAACACCAGCGUCAUGAAGAAAGGGGGGAUCUUCUCUGCUGAAUUUUUAAAAGUCUUCCUCCCGUCGCUGCUGCUUUCUCACUUGCUCGCUAUUGGACUGGGUGUUUACAUCGGCAGACGCCUCACCACCUCCACCAGCACUUUUUAAAGGAGAAACUCUCAGCACGAGAUAACGGUGAACACCCAAGGGCGCGACUCCUGCACUCGAUAUACGUUUUAGCCUAUUGUUUUUUUUUUUUAUUUGCUCUGUAAGUGAAUUUUGCUUGUUACGCUCAACGUAUCAGAAAGUGGGUCCCUGAAACCAAGGUGACAUUUUUAACGUCAACAUUCAUCUACUGUGAAACGUAACGGCUUCUUGCGAUAGUACGAGGUUCUUUUCAUGCAGACGCGUCGUGUUCUUUUGCCUAAUCCACUAGGAAAGGAAUGUUAUUUUAAAGCCCCCCGCAUGCACCGACCCUUGUUUUGUCUCUGCACGGGAGAAUUUGGGUUUGAGGAAAUGAUUGUAUAGAAAUAUAAACGUUUGUACUGUGAUUACCUGUGGGUUUUUUUUUAAUUUCUGGAGCCAUGUGCAUAAAUGAUUAGCCCAUUGAUAACUUACUUAUAUGGUAGUCAAGAAUGUGGCCAUUGACCCUCGUUAUUCUCAUAGCUACCUACCUAGAAUUAAAAAUAGAAUUUAACCAAUCAAAACAAGGGCUACGUUGUUCAGGAAACCCCAGAGCAAUACCUGUGCGUUGGAUGGAUACCCCAAAGCAAUUGGUUGCCACAAUGCCUAUAGCCUGCAACCAUUUUGAUUAAGUAGCCACUUUUUAUAUAUAGCGUCAAAGCCUCAAAAUAAUUAGGAGUAGUACCAGGUUGCUGGGAGUAAUUGUGUAGUAGUGUCAGGUUGCUGAGAGUAACUGUAGUAUCAGGAUGCUGCAGUAACUGUGUGUCACUUUCUACUAAGGAUGCGCCUAAUCCACUAUUUUGGAUUCGGCCAGACUCUUCUGAAAGAUCCGUACGAAUACCGAGCCAAAUCUGAGUCCGAAUUUGCAUAUGCAAAUUAGAGCUGAGAAGGUUAAAACAUUUUUUACUUCCUUGUUUUGUGACAAAAAGUCACGCGGUUUCCCUCCCCAACCCUAAUUUGCAUAUGCAAAUUCGGGUUUGGCCAGGCAGAAGUAUUCGGCCGAAUCCCGAAGCGAAUCCUGGAUUCAGUGGAUCCCUUCUUUCUACUGAUUUAAUUGGGUAGCACCUGACUGUGGGAUGAAUGUGGUGCCUCCUGUUGGGGAAGUGACUUAUUCCAAUGCCCAACAUUUUGUGGCUGCGACUUUUCUUGUGUCAGGCAGCUGUGAUGGAUGCCCCCCAUAACCCUUACUUAUUGGAACAGCAGAGCUAAAGGUGAGGUCUGUGCAUGUUGACCAGACAAUCCCAACUGAGAGCUCUGUGCUAUGGAUAAUCCGUUGCUUAAUUAAUCAGGCAGGAAUUUAAUCUGCCAUUGCAUCAGGUCCAUUGGCAGAUGAGGAAUUUGCAUUUCCUCGUCACUUCCUGCUGUUCCCACUGUUUCAGAUGUUGGACCAUGGGAGCCUAACUAAAGGAAUUAGGCUUGCCACCCAGCCGGUAUUUUACCGGUAAAACGCCUGCCAAGUCCGGGGCCGGUACUACAAAUUUAUCGGCAAUGUAGUUGUCGUAUAAAUAAAAUAAAAGCCCUCGACCCGUCCCCAAUUCGCUCAGAAUUUACCUAUUUUUCAGGCUUCUGGUCAUCGCGCGAUGUUGCUCCGCCCCUUUUGUAUCAUGGUAUGUGGCCCCUCCCCCUUUUGCGCCACGGACCGCCCCCAUCGGGCGGUAAAAGUUUUCAGAAAAGACGGCAACCCUAAAAGGAAGGUGACCAUACCAUGCCAAUGCCUCCUCCUUCUGUCUGGCCCAUGGGCCAAUCCCUUGGAUAUUGUGCCGGACUGGCCAAUGCACAGCCAUCUUUAAAUACUUUGCAUAGUAAGAAAGAGUUAAAGGAGUGAGGUAACAUAAAUUUGAGCAUAAUCCCUCGAUAUGACGUAGAGAAAACAUUAUACGGGGGCAGAAGUAGGGCAGGGUAAUGUGAAUGGUUUAUUCAGUUUGCCACAUACCCUUGUAAGUAACCCAGAUGGGGCUAACAAGUAUGUACUAACAAUAGUCCAAAAUGCCUACUUUGUAGCAAUGGACAAAGGGCCGAUGGAUGAAGGCGACAGUACACUAUAACAAAAGGAAAUGACUUUAAAAUGAAUUAUUAAAUAUAUAUAUAGAGAUAGUUCCUUGAAAAACAGAUGCACACCGGGAACUUUUAACCAUCAAAAAUAAUUCCUUUAUUUAAUACAUUUUAAAAGACAAUUCAGGGCCAAUAGAUAAAUAUUUUAGCAGAGUUUUAAAUUUAAAUUUUAACCCCAGUUCUAGAAUUAAAGCCUAUGAAAUGUGUUUAAAAUUGUCCCAGGAUUCUCAAAGCACCUUAAGAGGGGAAUAUCCAGUAGGGUGAGCUGUAAUGGAUCUACAACUCCCAGCAUUCAGUAGGGCGAGCUUAUCGCUGUAUCUGACCUACAACUCCCAGCAUCCCUUAUCAGGGGAUCGGACGUCCCUGUUUGAAGAUAAAAAGCUCGGUAGGAAAUUAAAUGUGAAGUUACUUUUUGAUACAUUUUUCUGUAGCCAAUGAUCGGUGUAUAUACAUGGAGAUUCAUUAUCGAUGAGGUUUGUUUUUAAGCCAAAGUUGUUUUCUAAGGGCAGAGACACGCUGCGAUUCGGGGAGAUUAGUCGCCCGGCGACAAAUCUCUUCUUCAGGGUGACUAAUAUCCCCAAACUGCCUCCCAGCCGGCUAGAAUGUAAAUCGCCAGCAGGUGGCACUUGGAGCACUUCAUUUUCCGAAGUUGCUUCACAAGGAAACUUCGGGCGACUUCGGAAAACGAUUCGCUCCGAGUGCCAUCCCGCCAGUGAUUUUCAUUCUAGCCAAGGGGAAGGCAGAUCUGGGAGAUUAGUUGCCCCGAAGAAGAGGUGAUUAGUCGCCCGAAGAAGAGGAGAUUUGUCGCUCAGAAGAAGAGGACAUUAGUCGCCUUGAAGAAGAGGAGAUUAGUCGCCCGAAGAAGAGCAUAUUAGUUGCCCCAAGGAAGAGCAGAUUAGUCGCCCCGAAGAAGAGGAGAUAAGUCGCACCGAAGAAGAGGAGAUUUGUUGCUCAGAAGAUGAGGACAUUAGUCGCCCCGAAGAAGAGGAGAUUAGUCGCCCCGAAGAAGAGGAGAUUAGUCGCCCCGAAGAAGAGGAGAUUAGUCGCCCCGAAGAAGAGCAGAUUAGUCGCCCCGAAGAAGAGCAGAUUAGUCGCCACAAAGAAGAGAUUUGUCGUAUGGCGACUAAACUCCCCGAAUUGCAGCGUAUCGCUGCCCUAAAGGGACAUAUACUCAUGCACUUAAGCAAUGUACAUUUUUGUUUAUGUUUUCAUGGUAACAGCACACUAAACUCACAGCUACUAUCCUGACUGUGUAAGAGGAGCACCCCCUGCUGUUUCGAACAGAUGCAAAGAUCUUAAAUUACCAAUCCCGGAAGCGUCUCCUGGCGUUUCUCAGAUCAUAGUGAAAGGAGCUACAGAACUGCACGAGCAACUUCAGUUUUGCAGCCGUGGGCGCUCCCCACAGUUACGAUAUCAUGAAAACAAACAAAGAAAAGUAAUUUAAAUAACAAAAGUGCUCAGAAGAGCAAUGUGACAUGAAGUUGAAGUAUAUGUCGCCCUUGUACUUAGGGAUUUAUUCACUGUAAUAUGUUUGUACUGUUUGUCUUUUGUCAGAUGCUGAUUUAGAGUAAAGCAGGUCCCUCUCAUCUACUUUAUGGCCAUUGGUGGUGCCAUAGUCACUCACUAGACUAGUAUUGUAUUCAGCGACCCCCCACGGCACAACCUGUAGCCCCCGGGCUGCCUUCCCUCAUCCAAACUCUGUAUAUUUCAUAUGUGAAAAAUAAAUAAAGGUUUGUGUUUUGAAAAUCAA